GCGCUGCCUCCCAGACUUCGCGGACCUGCUCAGUCAGCUGGGCCCCCUGCGGACAGCUGCCUUCUUCGCGCUAGGACCUGCCACUCUGCGCGCUAUGGCAGCGGCAGCAGCAUCCCCUCCAGCGGCGGUGGCGGCGGCUACAGCCGCCUCGGACGCUAUUGUUCCCUGGUGUUAGACGCUCUUUCCCUCCUUUUCAUCCGACGAGAACAAUAGCAGGAAAGAGGUUGGCUACUUGGGAAGACAUUCCGAGAGCGAAGAACAAUUCCGUGGCGGCCGUGCUACGGGUCUGGACGCUGGGGCGGCUGCCGGCAGCAUGGAGCUACAAGCAAGGCGCUCGGCGUUCCGGAGUCCGGGCGCCGCGGGGCCGCGCCGGGGCGUCCUGCAGCUACUGCUGCCGCUGCUGCUAAUGCGCCUGGGCGCCUGCGGGGCUGCGGCGCAGGGCGAGGCUGGGGCGCCCACCCUCUAUCUGUGGAAGACUGGUCCAUGGGGUCGAUGCAUGGGAGAUGAAUGUGGUCCGGGAGGCAUUCAAACCAGGGCUGUGUGGUGUGCCCAUGUGGAAGGAUGGACGACAUUGCAUACAAACUGUAAGCAGCCAGAGAGACCCAAUAACCAGCAAAAUUGUUUCAAAGUUUGUGACUGGCACAAAGAGUUGUACGACUGGAGGCUGGGCCUCUGGAAUCAGUGCCAGCCUGUGAUUUCAAAAAGCCUCGAGAGACCCCUUGAGUGCAUUAAGGGGGAAGAAGGCAUUCAGGUGAGAGAGAUAACGUGCAUUCAGAAAGGCAAAGGCAUUCCUGCAGAGGAUAGCAUUUGUGAGUACUUUGAGCCCAAGCCUCUCCUGGAACAGGCUUGCCUCAUCCCUUGCCCACAGGACUGCAUUGUGUCUGAGUUUUCUGCCUGGUCAGAAUGCUCCAAGACUUGUGGCAGUGGUCUCCAGCACCGGACGCGUCAUGUCAUGGCACCCCCUCAGUUUGGAGGCUCUGGCUGUCCAAACCUGACGGAGUUUCAGGUCUGCCAAUCCAGUCCUUGCGAAGCUGAAGAGAGCAUGUACAGCUUGCACGUGGGUCCUUGGAGCACAUGCUCAAUGCCCCACUCACGGCAAGCAAGGCAAGCCAGGAGACGUGGGAAGAAUAAAGAACGGGAGAAGGACCGAGGGAAAGGAGUAAAGGAUCCAGAGGCCCGUGAACUUAUUAAAAAAAAGAGAAAUCGAAACAGACAGAACAGACAAGAGAACAAAUACUGGGACAUCCAGAUUGGAUAUCAGACCAGGGAGGUUACAUGUACUAACAAAACUGGAAAAGCUACUGAUUUGAGCUUUUGCCAGCAAGAGAAGCUGCCAAUGACCUUCCAGUCCUGUGUGGUCACCAAAGAGUGUCAAGUGUCCGAGUGGUCAGAAUGGAGUCCAUGCUCAAAAACGUGCCACGAUACAGCCUCUCCUAAAGGCACUCGCAUAAGGAUGCGGUCGAUCAGGCAGUUUCCUAUUGCCAGCGAAAAGGAGUGCCCAGAACUGGAGGAAAAAGAACCCUGCCUGUCUCAAGGAGAUGGAGUUGCACCUUGUCCCACGUACGGCUGGAGAACCGCGGAGUGGACAGAGUGCCGCGUGGACCCUUUGCUCAGUCAGCAGGACAAGAGGCGAGGCAACCAGACAGCCCUCUGCGGAGGCGGCAUCCAGACGCGAGAGGUGUACUGUGUGCCGGCCAGCGAAGACCUCUCACACUUACCCGCGCGCAGGGAUACAGAAGCCUCAAAACCAGUGGACUUGAAAUUAUGCACUGGUCCUGUUCCUAAUACUACACAGCUGUGCCACAUUCCCUGUCCAAUUGAAUGUGAGGUUUCACCUUGGUCAGCUUGGGGACCUUGUACUUAUGAAAACUGCAACGACCAGCAAGGCAAAAAAGGCUUCAAACUGAGGAAACGACUCAUUACAAAUGAGCCCACUGGAGGCUCUGGGGGGACUGGAAACUGCCCUCACUUACUGGAAGCCAUUCCCUGUGAAGAGCCAUCCUGCUAUGACUGGAAAGCAGUGAGGCUUGGAGACUGUGAACCAGAUAAUGGAAAAGAGUGUGGCCCAGGCACUCAAGUUCAAGAGGUGGUGUGCAUCAACAGUGAUGGAGAAGGAGUUGACAGACAGCUGUGCAGAGAUGCCAUCUUCCCCAUCCCUGUGGCCUGUGACGCCCCGUGCCCAAAGGACUGUGUGCUCAGCACGUGGUCUGCCUGGUCCUCGUGCUCACACACCUGCUCAGGGAAAACCACAGAAGGGAGACAGACACGAUCACGGUCCAUUCUGGCUUAUGCAGGUGAAGAAGGUGGAGCGCAGUGUCCCAACAGCAGCGUUUUGCAAGAGGUGCGCAGCUGUAACGAACAUCCCUGUACUGUGUACCACUGGCAGACUGGUCCCUGGGGCCAGUGCAUUGAGGACACCUCAGUGUCAUCCUUCAACACGACUACAACUUGGAACGGGGAGGCCUCUUGCUCCGUGGGCAUGCAGACAAGGAAAGUCAUCUGCGUGCGAGUCAACGUGGGCCAAGUGGGACCCAAAAAGUGUCCUGAAAGCCUUAGGCCUGAGACAGUGAGGCCUUGCCUGCUUCCUUGUAGGAAGGACUGUGUUGUGACCCCAUACAGCGACUGGACGCCAUGCCCCUCCUCAUGUAAAGAAGGGGACUUUGGAGUCAGGAAGCAAUCUCGGCAUCGGGUCAUCAUUCAGCUGCCAGCCAACAGAGGCCGAGACUGUGCGGAUCCUCUCUAUGAAGAAAAGGCCUGUGAGGCCCCCCCAGUGUGCCAGACCUACAGAUGGAAGACUCACAAAUGGCGCAGAUGCCAGUUAGUCCCUUGGACUGUUCAGCAAGGUAGCCCCGGGGCACAGGAAGGCUGUGGGCCUGGACGACAAGCGAGAGCCAUUACUUGUCGAAAGCAAGAUGGAGGGCAGGCUGGCAUCCACGAAUGCUUCCAGAACGCAGGCCCCGUGCCAGCCCUCACACAAGCCUGCCAGACCCCCUGCCAAGAUGACUGUCAGUUUACCAGCUGGUCCAAGUUUUCUGCAUGCAAUGGAGACUGUGGCGCAGUUAGAACCAGAAAGCGCACUAUCGUUGGAAAAAGCAAAAAGAAGGAAAAAUGUAAAAAUUCCCAUCUGUACCCCCUGAUUGAGACGCAGUAUUGUCCUUGUGACAAAUAUAAUGCACAGCCGGUGGGGAACUGGUCAGACUGUAUUUUACCCGAAGGUAAAGUGGAAGUAUUGCUGGGAAUGAAAGUACAAGGAGACAUCAAGGAGUGUGGACAAGGAUAUCGUUACCAAGCAAUGGCCUGCUAUGAUCAAAACGGCAGGCUCGUGGAAACAUCCAGGUGUAACAGCCAUGGUUACAUUGAAGAGGCCUGCAUCAUCCCCUGCCCCUCGGACUGCAAACUCAGUGAGUGGUCCAACUGGUCUCGCUGCAGUAGGUCCUGUGGCAGUGGGGUGAAGGUUCGGUCUAAGUGGCUACGUGAGAAACCGUACAAUGGAGGAAGGCCUUGCCCCAAACUGGACCAUGUCAACCAGGCUCAGGUCUAUGAGGUUGUGCCGUGCCACAGUGACUGCAGCCAGUACAUAUGGGUCACCGAGCCAUGGAGCGUCUGCAAGGUGACCUUUGUGAACACACGGGAAAACUGUGGAGAGGGUGUGCAGACCCGAAAAGUGAGAUGCAUGCAGAACACGGCAGAUGGCCCUUCAGAUCAUGUAGAAGAUUACCUCUGUGAUCCAGAAGAGAUGCCCCUGGGCUCCAGAGAGUGCAAAUUACCUUGCCCAGAGGACUGCGUGAUAUCCGAAUGGGGCCCUUGGACCCGAUGCACUUUGCCUUGCAAUCAAAGCAGUUUCCGGCAAAGGUCAGCCUAUCCCAUCAGACAACCUGCCGAUGAAGGGAAAUCCUGCCCUGAUGCCGUUGAGAAGGAACCCUGUAGCCUGAACAAAAACUGCUUCCACUAUGAUUAUAAUGUAACAGAUUGGAGUACAUGUCAGCUGAGUGAGAAGGCAGUUUGUGGAAAUGGCAUUAAAACUAGGAUGUUAGACUGUGUUCGAAGUGAUGGGAAGUCAGUUGACCUGAAACACUGUGAAGAGCUUGGCCUAGAGAAGAAAUGGCAGAUGAACAUGUCCUGCAUGGUGGAAUGUCCCGUGAACUGUCAGCUUUCUGAUUGGUCUCCUUGGUCAGAAUGUUCUCAAACAUGUGGCCUCACAGGAAAAAUGAUCCGAAGACGGACUGUGACUCAGCCCUUUCAGGGUGAUGGAAGGCCAUGCCCUGCCCUGAUGGAACAAUCCAAGCCUUGCCUGGUGAAGCCCUGUUAUCAGUGGCAAUAUGGCCAGUGGUCUCUGUGCCAAGUGCAGGUAUCAAGUCUUGAGAAGGAUGCACAGUGUGGAGAAGGGACCAGAACAAGGAAUAUUUCCUGUGUAGUAAGUGAUGGGUCAACGGAUGAUUUCAGCAAAGUGGUGGAUGAGGAAUUCUGUGCUGAUAUUGAACCCAUUAUAGAUGGAAAUAAAAAAAUGGUUCUCGAGGAAACCUGCACUCAGCCUUGCCCAGGUGACUGUUAUUUGAAGGAAUGGUCCUGGUGGAGCCUGUGUCAGCUGACCUGUGUGAAUGGGGACGACCUUGGUUUUGGUGGAAUACAGGUCCGAUCCAGAGCAGUGAUUAUACAGGAACUAGAGAAUCAGCAUCUGUGCCCAGAGCAGAUGUUAGAAACAAGAUCAUGUGAUGACGGCCAGUGCUACGAGUAUAAAUGGAUGGCUGGCGCUUGGAAGGGUUCUUCCCGAACAGUCUGGUGCCAAAGGUCCGAUGGCGUAAAUGUGACAGGGGGCUGCCUGGUGGUGCACCAGCCGGAUGCUGACAGGUCCUGUAACCCGUUGUGUAGUCAACCCCACUCAUACUGCAGCGAGACAAGAACAUGCAGUUGUGAAGAAGGGUACACUGAAGUCAUGUCAUCUGAUGGUACACUUGAUCAGUGCACACUUAUCCCCGUGGUGGUGAUACCCACAGUGGAGGACAAAAAAGGAGAUGUGAAAACCAGUCGAGCAGUACAUCCAACCCAAUCCUCCAGUAACCCAACAGGACGGGGAAGGACCUGGUUUCUACAGCCAUUUGGGCCAGAUGGGAGACUAAAGACCUGGGUUUAUGGUGUAGCUGCUGGGGCAUUUGUAUUACUCAUCUUUAUCAUCUCCAUGAUCUAUCUAGCUUGCAAAAAGCCAAAGAAACCCCAAAGAAGGCAAAACAACCGACUGAAACCUUUAACCUUAGCCUAUGAUGGGGAUGCAGAUAUGUAAAAUAUAAAUUUUUCUGGAAACAAACAGUUUCGGCUUUCUGAAUAUGUAAUAGAUAUACAAAGGCAACAAAGGUAUUCAAACUGUAUCGAUUAAAAUGCAUUUUAACUUUUUAAAAGACCAUCAUAAAGAAAAGUGAAAAUCAUAGUGCCUCCACGGAUAUUCAAGAGGAUACCACAUAAAAAUUCUAGAUUUAGUUGAAUACGUGCUGCAAUCUGAGAGAGUCUGAUCUUUCCUGAAAUCUACCAACUGAAAAACCACUUUCAUCUCUAAAAAUAUAGUGGUACAAUUGGCCGUUUAGGCAUCUGAUGCAAGACUGUCUGCAGUGUUAACCCAUAGUAACUUUUUAGCAUGAAGGGUUAUUUCCAAGAUCUCUACAACAUAGUCAAGCAUAACAACAUGUAUACUCAACUGAAUGGCACACAUUAUUUCAGAUUAUAUACUUGUUAAUGAGCAAUUUGAAUGCUAAAUGAGAGAUUAGCUCUAAGCUGAGCAAAAACUCCACUGAAUAAAUUCAGCAUCUUGAUGGUUGAUGGUAGCACUUAUCGACCUGCAUUUCAGAGGCAAAGACUCUUUUAUAAGACGUCAUUCCUCCAAAGUACGAAUGCUGGACAGGUACUAGUAUCUUAGAAGAAAGAGUCCUCAAGUUCAGUAUUUUAUAGUGGUUAUUAUCUGGAAAACUAAUUUGCUUGUGUUAAUAUAAUAUGUUUCUACUUUCCUAAUUUUCAAACUGGUUGCCUGCAUCGUUUUGCUACAUGGAAGGCACAUUUUUGCACUAUAUUAGUGCAGCAUGAUAGGCACUUAACCAGUAUUGCCAUAGAAACUGCCUCUUUUCAUAUGGGAUGAAGACGUCUGUGCUAAGAGUGUCAUGGAAACCUUUGCAAGUUCCCGUACCCUGAAGAGAGUAGAGUUCAGUUUGGAUGGUGACAGGAUGGAAUCGGCUAUUAUAUCUGCUGCAUACACUUCUCCCCGUUGCUGUAGCCACUGUGACAUUGGCAACAUGGCAGUAUUAAGUGUGGAAGUCCUUAACCCAUUAACCCUCUAAAAGGUGGAUCCCUCCAGUUGGCUUUUAAUUGUACUUUAAGGCUGUUUAUGACUAGAUUUUUAUAUUUGUUAUCUUUGUUAAAAAAAAAGAAAAGAAAAGAAAAAAAGGAGCUGGUUGUCUUUAUAAUUUUGAGAAGAUGGAGAAAAUAAUGUAAUAGUGAUUUUCGUAACUAAAAGAAAUCAAAAUUGUCUUGAUUUUUCUUUCUCUCUGAUUUGAUUUCCCAGUUUCAAAUCAAAUGUUGUAUUUAAAAUUCCAUAGUUUUUGUCUUUCUCACUGAUAAAAUUUGAAAGUCUUUUUAAUGUAUGAUUUCAAAAACUGAAAUUUUAAAAAGAGAAGAAUAAAUCUUUGAUCCAGGGCUCCAUUAAAUAUCUAGACCAGUGGUGGUAAGCUUUUUCUGUAAAUGACCAAAUAGUAAAUAUUUUCAGCCAGGUCUAGGCCACAACUUCUCACCGCCUCCGACACAGCCAUAGGCAGUACACCAAACAUAGACAACUGAGCGUGAACGUGGCUGUGUUCCAGUAAGUCCUUACAAAAACAACCAACAGGCCAUAUUUGGGGAGCCACAGUUUGCUGAUCUCUGGUCUAGAGUGUAUUUCAAUACUAACACCCCAUUGUGUCCUCCUGAGUUUUCAUUCAUUUACCCUCUGACUGUGAUCAGUGCUUAAUUUCAAAGGUGAAAAGCAGUCAUUAGAUUUAUGCUGUAAUGUAAACAGCUAUAUUUUUCACAGAUUUAACCCUGGAAUUGCACAGAACAAUUUCUCACUUGGCAGACUUAUUUCAUAUGAAUGAAAAAUUCAAAAGGUGCCAGUGAAAAGCAAUACCAUUUUUCAGGCAACAAUUACUAAAACCACCUCGGGGGGAGGGAUGACAUCAGGUUGUCAGGUCUUUUAAAAAUGGUAUAAAAAGCUACUUUAUCUUAGCUGUAUGCUGAAUGGUAUGGAGUAUAAGGGAUGUUACCUUCAUACAAGAGUUUGAACUCCCCCUACUGUUCAUUGGAGUAUUUGCAAAGAUUACAAAAGACAUCAGGUUAGAGUGACAUUAUCACCAAAAUGAAAAUAAUUCUAUAUAUUUCAAUAUUAUUCUAUAUCCACUGUGUUUGUUAGGCAAUGUAAAUCACUUCAAAGCAGACAGGAAUCAGGAAGAUGAGAAUUCUACUUUAAACCAAGGAGUUAAACAAGGGAAAUCCUGAAAACAAAAUCCAUAUUAUCAAUUUUAGUCAAGAGGGAGGCAAAAAAGGAUAUUGUUACUCUAAAGCUGUAAUUGUCAAUAUAAGUACUCAGGGAUCUUCUAGAUAAUCCUCAAGUUGAUCUCUUUGAAUAAAAUAAACUCCAUUUGUCCAAAAUGGUUGAGAAUUUUAUAGUUACUUGAAGAAUCCAGCUAAUGCCUUAUGAAUUGCAUCCAAUGCCUAACAAUUCUGAAAUUGUUGACUAGAAUACAAUAUUGUUACUACUAAAGCCAAAUUUAAAAAAUUGUCAAAUGUCAUUAAUUCAGAAGGUAAAUGUCGUUAAUUCAGAAGUAAAAAAAUUAAAUAGAUCAAAAAUUAUAAAAUUUUAUGAAAAUAAAGGUAAUUUUAUUCAUAAAUGGUUCACAUUUUGUAGCACUAUAUACAUGAAGAAGAUUAAGUUCAAUGUACCCUAACACUAGGGAACAUAUUUGAAGUUCAUGGUGAUUUCUCUUGCUAGAAAAGUGAAAGGAGGGAAAUGUGUUGCUAGCUGGCUAUUUUGGACAAAUGGGAGUUAACUCUUUUGUGUUUAUAAUGUGAAAAUUGCCUUACUUUUGCUCCUGGCAUGAAUUAAUUAAUGAGUUAAAUACUUAACUGGAAUUUCAUCAAAAACCUUAUUCUUCCUGUUCAUUCUAAGAAUUCAGGAAGGGAAUACAGUAGUAACUUGUCUAUUAACAUUUUUGCCUUGCCAAAAUGGUGUCUGGCCCCCAAAAGAUUUAGAACCACUGUUUUUUAAGACUGACAGUUAAUUUGAUUGAAAAUAAAAUAUUGACACCAUAUUAUACUAUUUUGUUGGACUGUUUCAGUAUAAACCAUACAAAAGUAGCAUAACUGAUCUUGCUUGUAAAAGGUUGAUUUAUUCAUUCAUCAAGACCUAAUGCUGUGUAUUAACUUAUUUCAAAGGCUUUUUGAGGACACUACAGUGUAGCUAAGACUAACUUGAAAAGCAGUACAUAAAAGCAUGCUUUUAAUUACUUAUUACAAAGCACAAUUUACUUUAAAAAGACAAAUAUUUAUUGAAUUAUUACAUGCAAGACACUGCUAGGCACUGUAAAAAAUUAAUAAUGACUUUUAUAUACAAGUAUACCUGAAACAUUUAAAAGAGGAAAGAUGUACUUAAUGAGCAAAGGUAGCACUUAAACACAUUGCCCUCUACUCUAGGUAUGUUUUCAAGUGUGGUUAGUGUGAUCCUCACAUGACGUAUGUGUCUGAGACCCUGCUGUUAGGCGUUUGGUUUUUCCCUAUUUUCAGGAUCAAGUCACUUAGCGAACAAUUCUUAAAGGAAGCAUGUGGCACCUCUCACGAAUUUCUCUACCUCUUCUAACUCCCUGUGUGCUUGGUUAUUUAUGGUGAAUUUCUCUGCCUGAUCUCUCACUGUUCUUGUAAGCGCUAAUCUUGCCUACUCCCCUCAGAACCACCUUUCUCUAAAUAUGCCCAAAUUUUUACUAAGGAAAAAAAAAGAAAGAAAACCUGUAGUUCCUUCCUGUAGGAGUCAAAACAUCACUUAGAAGGAACAUUUCAAUUUCAAUAGAAAUGUACUGGUGAAAGAACUAGAAAAGGGGAAAGGAAAAGAUGUGGGAGAUUUAUGCCCUAAAAAAGAGACCUUUUCUAUAAAAAUCUCCAUUUCUACUUGCUUCAGUACUAUCCCCUCAGCUGCCUACUCCUCUCACCCCCACCUGGUGUCUUUGUUCACUUCCCAUCCUCCCCGACAGUGAGGGAAGCCCGCACCUCUCAAUAAAGGAGAGCCCAUUCUACGCCAAAUUUGAGAUUUGAACAGGUUCACAAGAAUCAUGCUUCCCCAAUGAUCUAGAGCCCACUCUCUGUAAAUUCCAAACACUAAAGUAACCUGGGUUACCAAAUACAAGUGUUUCUUACUCUAUUUCCCCUCUAAGGUUGAGGGUCUUGAAAGGAGAGCAGUUCACAAAUGAAUCUUUGAGGAAUCUUGUCAGAGUGUGAUCUUUCCUGGAUACAGUUUAGAUGUGAGAGGUAAAACAGUCACCUGUUCUGGCAGUAACAGUCCCACCCAGUCCUACACUCAGAUGGCCGUGGCUGCAGCACAGAUUUCAGACACCUGUAAUCUGGAAUGUGGGCCUGGCCUUUUUUAUUACAAGGUUGUUUUGCAGUUCAGUAUCUAGCAGGGACACUGAAAAAUGGUUAUAUCCACAUUAGUAAAAGAGGAAAUUGGUAGAAAUAUUUUUUUCAUACUUCUACCAAGCCAGAUCUUAAAAUAGGCAGUAUAUGAAGAGUUUUAGUUUGUGGGAGUCAUGUUUUCAGUGAUCAAAAAUUUCUAGUAUCUUUAGAAUAUAAUCAAGUGUCAGUUUCAUUAUUGUGUUUAGUUUUUUGUUUUGUUUUGUUUUGUUUUAAGCAAUAGUUUCUAGAUUACCUACUUGACCUACAAUGAAAUUUUCUCAACUAUUUUCAGGAAUCUAUUAGUGUUUAUUUUUAGAAAGUAAACACUAUAAUUCCCUUUCUGGUACUUUUUCCUCUCCAUUUCUAGCACAGAUUUGAAGAGAUCAUUAUCUGUUAUAGAAAAAUAUUACUUUAUUAAAUUUGCAAUCUUUUUGUAAGUUAUAAUCCCAUAAAUGUGUAUUUUGGUUAAUUUAAUUACUUGAAUAUUUAUUUUGUUUCAUAAGGAGGCAGCUGUGUAAGAAAUUUGUUAAUAUUACUUUGUAAAUUGUGUAAUGUAAUUUUAUUUUAAAUUAUGUACAUUUCUUUUUUAUGCACAAAAUGUCUACGUACAAUUAACUACAGAUUUGCAAAUAAUGUCACUAAGCUUUACUCAGUUAAUACAGAUGGCAUGUGAAGAUGUAAUACGUUUUUUUACAUUUUCAUAUGGGUUAUUUGUAAAUAACUAUAUUGCUGACAAAUAUAAACAAGGAAAUCAUUUUCAUUCUAAUCAUGUGUAUCUGUGUUUUAAUUUGCAUCAUUUGCUAGUCAAAGUUGGGUAAAAAAUAUUUUUUUUCAGUGAAUACCCAAAUUCACUUAUUACUUCUUUGUCCUUUCCCUGGGCCUCUUUCAAGCAAAGAAGCAGAGGAUUGUUAAGGGAAAAAAAAAAAAAAAAA